AUGGCAGGUUUUUUAGAGCUACGUCGUAAUUCUGAAAAAAUUCUUGUUGAACUUGAACAUUUAGCAAAGGAAGCUGAAUAUGCUCGACAACAUGAAAAUAAAACUGCUAUAGUUAUUCAAUCAGUAUGGCGUGGUUAUCAAGUUCGAUCUCAUGUUCAAUUUUUAAAUAAAUGUGCGUCGGUAAUACAAAGAUGGUGGCGAAGACAUAAGGCUAAACAAAUCUAUCGAGACAAACUUGAAGAACAUGUACUUCAACUUCGAUUAAACUAUUAUGAUAGCAAAGCAGUGAAAAUUCAAAAAAUAUGGCGUGGUUAUUAUGUACGUAAAUAUGUGCUCGAUUAUUAUAGUCGAAAACGAUAUCUCAAUGGACUUGAAAUAACAAAUGAACAAAUUCGAAUACAAUUAAUUGAAUAUCGAGAUUAUCUAGAACAAAAACAACUUGAACAACAACGUCAAAUGAAUAUAGCUAAAUUAGAAGAAGAAGCUAAGAGAACACAUUAUUUAGUCAGCACAAAAGUUGUACCUGGAAUAUACAAUUCGAAAUAUUUAGAAGCUCCAAAAGAAAUGGAAAUAAUAUUGAGAUCUACAAAAUUUGAUCGACCAAAAAGAACGAAAUCUUUGAAGGUUAAUAAAGAUGAAGAAAUAUCAGCAGUAAAUAAAUUUCUUCCACCACUUAAACCGAAACCACAAGGUCCUUUUCGUGCACCAGAAGAUGUUCGUUACCAACGUUAUCGUCCAUUACAACCAUCAUUACGAUGUGAAACUGAUUAUUUUGCAACAGAAAAAAUACGUGAAGAAAUUAAACUUCAAGAAUGGGUCGAACGAGUUCAUGAUGACACAUUUAAAGCAGGUCUUUUUCGUGAUAAACCUUAUCCUCGUCUACUGGUUGGAGAAGAACCGUUUGUAGAAGCAACUAAACUUGAACGACUAUCAUUACGAGAACCUAAUAAACAACAAUGGAUAAAUGAAAAGGGUUUUCGAUCAUUAGUUCAUGGUAUUCCAGAAUUUGAUAAACUUGAAACAACUUAUGUUGAACCUCAUUUUUAUUAUUCAACUUCAUAA